GACGUUUCUAGAUGAAAAAACUGCCUGUUGAUGUUACAAAUGACAACGUGUAUUAACAUAUGCAAACUGAAGAUAAUUUACAAUAAUUAAACUGAAAUGUCACCAAAUUUAAAAAUUUCUACUUAUGUUAUAAAUAGAUUAAGUUCUGUUAGUGCACAAUACAGUGGUUGCCUUUAUGGCACGAUGUAUGACGGCACGUUAUUGGUGGUUGGCUUCAAUCUUGAAACCUUUCAAGGCUCUGAUUAUAAGUCGAAUUAUAGUCAAAUACAAAAUAAUUUUCCAACCGAAGUAUAUCUAUGUGGUUUAGUCAAGUUUGGGGAUUGCUCGGACACACAAGCUCAUCUCAAAGAAAUUUUAUUGGAUGUUGAUGUUACAGAUAACCCUGUUGUGUUAAACUGCACUAGUUUAGGCAUGAAGGCUUCAUUUUUUGUUCAUGGCAAAUUAGAAGAAGCAAAAUAUGAAGUGGUUGAGGAAAGUUAUUUAUUUAAUGAGUUUAUAUACAUUAGAUUACAAGCAAUUUUGCGUUUAGUAUGUGAAAAUACAGCAACUAGCGUCGCAGAUUCUAUGACACAAUUAAGGAAAAAGAUGGUUUCUGGAGUAGUUUCUUUCAACUUUCCUAAAACUCAGGUUUUCCUAAUGGGUGCAGGUACAGAUAGUUGCCUUAAAAAUCUUACAAAAGAGUCAAGCGUGGAGGAUUUGUUUAAAUUAUAUAGCUCAUAUGAAGAAGAUAAAUUGAAAAGCAAGAAGAAGAAAAACUUGUUUGAAAUAAAUGUAAUGAAUGCGGGACUUGUCAUGAAGGCAACAAAAGAAUUCAGUGCUGAAACACUGAACAAAACUGCAGUGAAAAUGUCUUUGAUUACUGGGGCAACUGAUUCCUAUAUACAGCUGCCAUUAAUUGUGGAUGCACUUUCUAUGAUUCAUCGGAACACGAAGAUUACGCAGCUGUAUGACAUGCUUGUUGAAAGCACAUGUAGUUCGUUGCGAUUAAUGGAAAGUAAUAUCAUAAAUCAAAUUACAUGCUCUGAUAUGGAACUUGCUCAACCAAUCCCAUAUCAUUAUCUACCAACUAACUGUGGACACUUCUUUACAUAUUAUUAUCCCAAGAAUAUACAAGAAAAGAAAUAUGCGGAAAUAAGAAAAAUGUUACAUCAACAACUUUCAUUACCUAUGGAUAGACCGCAGUUUAGACGAGCAAAUUCAUAUAUAUUUAUUGAUGAUUUAAAUAAAGGACCUCUAUUGAAUGUACAUGAGGGGAUUAGCUCACAAGUGAAAGGUGGGACUAUGAGUAUAGUUUAUGGAAAAUAUGCUUAUCAUCAUUACAUGCAAGAUAAAUUUAAUGAUGAUGGAUGGGGAUGUGCUUAUAGAUCUUUGCAGACAUUGAUUUCGUGGUUUAGACUUCAAGGAUAUACAGAUCAUCCAAUACCUACUCACACAGAAAUACAAAAAUGUCUUGUUGAUCUUGGAGACAAACAACAAUCUUUCAUUGGUUCUAAGCAAUGGAUAGGUUCUACUGAGGUUUCAUUUUGCUUAGAAUCAAUGCUGGGCGUCACAUCCAGAAUAAUUUUUGUUAAUAAUGGUGAAGAAAUGAAAACUAUGGGGCCAGAUCUUUCCAUGCAUUUUGAAACUAAUGGCACUCCGAUUAUGAUAGGUGGGGGUGUUUUGGCCCAUACAAUUUUGGGGGUCGAUUACAAUGCAGAAACUGGUGAUAUUAAAUUCUUAAUACUAGAUCCGCAUUAUGUUGGUCCUGAUGAUUUAAUUACAAUUCAAUCAAAAGGCUGGUGUUCUUGGAAAGAUGCUAGUUUUUGGCGCAAGACAGCUUAUUACAAUAUGUGUCUCCCUCAAAGACCAAGGUGCAUAUGA